UCCUGUUCGCAUUUGGUAUUUGCGGUUCGCCCGGUACAGUCGCUUUCUAGGUUUGCUACGAUCUGGGUUUGCAUUUAGCUAGAAAAAGAGUGUUUGAGAAAAGUUCGGCGGCCGGCGUGUCAAUGGAAACUAGUGAUUGUUCUAGUGCAGGGACUCCUAAGUGGAUUAUUUGUGUAAACAACAGUGCGUACCACCAGCGCCUCUAGUUGUGGGUGCAGUAUUUUUUCUGCGUUCGUUGCUGUUCGGCCUACUACGGUGUGGAUUGCAGUGCGCUUGAGAUUUUGGAGUGAUUUUCCGUGUUGCACCAGCCAGCUUCAAUCAUCCUGUUCCUGGAGAUGAAGGUAGAUUACCGAUUUUGUUUGAACAAAAAGCAAUUCAAACGAUGCAGCGCCCAGUCAGAAUGAAGCAGUUCAACUACUAUUCAGAGUCGUGCUCGAUCAAUGGGAUGGCACAAAGUGAGCAGCAGUUCCUGCGAAGUGAAAGCCAGCGCCAAACGCCGGUUGUGAAACCGGAAUCAAUUUGGUGCGAGUUUGUGUCGGAAAACAAGCUGAUUCUGGUGACGCUGAGUGGCGUUAUUCUGGGGGUGGUGUUGGGAUUCACGCUACGCCCCCUGGGCCUAUCGGCGGACACUAUCAUGCUGAUCGCUUAUCCGGGCGAGCUGUUCAUGCGUGUGCUGAAGCUGAUGAUCCUGCCGCUGGUCAUCGCCAGUCUGAUCAGUGGUUCUUCCAGCCUGAAUGCCAAACUGAACGGAAAGAUCGCACUGCGGACUUUUGCUUACUUUGCACUAACCUCGCUGUUGAACGCUUUGCUCGGUACUUGUCUGGUGCUGCUAAUCCACCCGGGCGAUCCACGGAUGCACGAGGCCAUGGCCGAGUACUCGGUUGCCGGUGGUAAAACGGUCACACUGAUGGAUAGUAUUUUAGAUCUGGGAAGGAACAUAUUUCCGGACAACAUUUUUCAAGCGGCUCUCCAGCAGGCCCACACUGUGUAUGUACCGAAGGAAAGUGCCACCAAUGGUAGUAUUCUACCGGUGGCAAACACUCACCACCCUCAACAGGCGAAACCGACCAGCACCCAGAACACCUUCUCCUGGGACGAUGAGGAGGAGCUGAUACGGAUCGUGGAAUACCGUCCCGGAACAAACACGCUAGGAAUAGUGUUUUUCUGUUUGGUCUUCGGUACACUGUUGGGAACUAUCGGCAGUAAGGGUUACGUUGUGAUACAGUUCUUCUCCGCCAUAUUUGAGGUGAUCAUGAAGAUGGUGACCGGUGUGAUGUGGUUGACUCCGGUUGGAAUCGGUAGCGUGAUUGCGGGAAAAAUAUUGGCCGUUAAUGAUAUUAGUUUGGUGAUGACUCAGCUGGCUUGGUUCAUCUUUACGGUGCUUUUCGGUGUCCUGCUCUACCAAUGGGUCAUCAUUCAGGCGAUUUAUUUCUUCUUUUUGAGAAGAAACCCGUUCAAAUUCUACUUGGCACUAAUUCAACCGAUGUUGACGGCAUUCGCGACGGCUUCUACUGCGGCUGCGCUGCCGUUGACGUUCCGGUGCAUGAAUGAAAAACUGCGUGUCGAUAGCCGGAUAACCCGCUUUGUGCUACCCAUUGGGGCCAAUAUUAAUAUGGACGGAACGGCUCUGUUUAUUUCGAUCUCGUCGAUCUUCAUUGCGCAGAUGAGCAGCAUGCAGUUGAAUGUGGGCCAAAUUCUGACGGUGGUACUGACUUCGACGGCCGCUUCCAUGAGCUCGGCUAGCAUUCCAAGUGCUGCGCUGGUUCUGCUGCUGGUGGUUCUGACCGCGAUCGAUGCUCCGAUGCAUAACGUCACGCUGCUGUUCGCCGUGGAUUGGUUCGUUGACCGCAUCCGCACAACCAACAAUUUCCUGGGCGACUGCUACUGUGCCGUCAUCGUUGAGCAUCUGUCCAAGCGGGAACUGAAGCUGACUGAUGCGGGCGAACCGGAGUACCACCACCACCAGCAGCAGCAGCAGCAACAUCAACAGAUGCAGCAUCACUACCGGGAAGAUGAUGAGCUGACCUUGGACGAUGAGGGUAAAGUUCCCGCUAGACCCACCGGAGAAGUUUAGAUCUUCGAGAGACGAACGCACGCCUUCUUAGUUUGAUCUUCUAUUUCUGGAACUUUCAGCCCACCUAAUAAUACCCAUACUACCACUCCUUUAGAGAGAUUCUAUUUUAGCGACGAUGAUUCACUGACUAGGUCAGUAAAAUGUGAUAUUGAAUAACCUGUUUGUAGGUAGCUCAAGUAGCAGUCUGGUAAAGUUACGUUAA